UUUAGCCGGCAGCUCAACUUCUCCGCGGCAGCCGCCGCCAAUUGCGGCCAGAACAAGCUGAUGGAUGAGCUCAGGCCGAAUCUGGGAUUGCUCGGCGUCGGCCUGGUCGAGAAUGACAGCUUCCAUCUAAAUCACAAUCAGGAGAAGAGAAAGUGCAGUAGCGCCAGCUCGAAUGAGCAAGACUUCGGUCUGUACGGGGUACAUCAGGGCCUGGAGGCGAGCCCGCCGACGCCCGCCGCGACUCCCGGUAGAAGCAGCGUCGGGGCCACCACGAGUGUCGGUGCAGAAGGCGCUUUUAAAAAGUUGAAGCCUGACCCCUGCGCCUCUAGUCCUCAUAUUGGUCACACACCUACAACAGCUAGUUGUCCAACACCCGCCCGACGGCGACACAGGACUACCUUUACACAGGAGCAGCUGGCAGAAUUGGAAUCGGCGUUUGCAAAAUCUCAUUAUCCGGACAUAUACUGCAGGGAGGAAUUGGCGAGGACCACCAAAUUGAACGAGGCCAGAAUUCAGGUUUGGUUCCAGAACAGAAGAGCGAAAUACCGGAAGCAGGAGAAGCAACUGCAGAAGGCUUUGACACCAAUUCCCGCCUGCCAAGGUGCCAUGAUGAGGAAUAUCUAUCCUGGUGCUAGCAGAGGUUAUCAACCCUACCCCCAUCCUCACAACAGCAUAAAUGGCAUAAAUCGUUAUCCCCAGAUGGGCACGACGUCUUAUCCGAGUAUGACCCAGCCGUUCUCCAUGUCGCAUUCAGCGUCGAAUAUGUCGGCCGUCACCGGUAUGCGACAAGAUGCAAUGGGGAUGUCAGCGGAGGACGAAUGGUACAACAAGAGCAUCUCCGCUCUGAGAAUGAAUACAGCCCACCACCCGAACCUGGCCGCACCCAUGUUACAAUAUCAAACAUAAUUGUAAACGGAGGCGGGAGGGCGAUUCAAGGAUCUCGUCAAAAAUCCGAUAUCGUAUUUAUGAUCGAAUCGAUCGUGAUGACGGGGGAAGAGAAACACGAGUGGAUAGUGACGAGAUCGCUAAAGCCCGAUCGACGUUUCGCCGUUUCGCAAACGAAAAAGGCAAGAGAUAAAAGCAGAAAUACGGAUGAUGAUCCAUUUGCGUUACCGCUAAUCGGCUCGCACGGCCGCAUCGACAUCCUGAUUUCGCGACACACCCUCGCAUUUCGCUUUGCAGCAAACGAGCUCGAUUCGCAUAUAUUGCGAAUACACGCGCGUGAAAGCACUCAUCGAUUACGUUUCGAAAAUCGUCACAUAUAUUGUUCGGGCAAGCUAAAUAUUAUUAUUAAGCGUGAUGUUGAAUUUGAUUAAGUACUAUGAUGAAAUGGCUGCAUUUAUUUCGAGUAUUUGAAAUGUGAGUUUCAGAGCGUAAAAGUUGAUUGCAUUGUGCGAAAGAAAUAUUGUUGCAGAAUUUCAAUUGGCAUACUUAUUUAUAUUCUCGCCUAUGACUGCUCGUGUGAUUACCACGACAUAGAAUGUAUUACGAUCGACGCACAGAUUGUUUCUAAUAUCGCGUAUUUUUUUUUUAAUCACGCGAAUUUAGUACAGAUCUUUUCUUGCAAAGAUAAAUCUUGAAUUAAGAUUCUAUUAAAGUAAAACAAAAUUUGUGAAAUCAAUUUUAAGAGUGGAUUAGUGUAGAGAAAAAUAAUCUUUUUCCCCGUUUUAUAUAUUAAUUAUUUAAUAUUUUUUAUAUAUUAAUUUUAAUUAAACAAGAUCGUAGCGAAACUUAAUUCGAGAUAUUUAUUGUUUUAUUCAAGAAUAUUUUGUUGAUGUUUCAAUAUUUUAAGCGAAAAAUUUGAUUGUAAUUUACUCCAAAUGUCCGUGUCAUAAGCAAAAAUACAAGAAUAAAGAAUUUUUUUAAAAUUUUAUUAAACUUAGUUUUGUAAUUAUUUAUUAAUUUGUUUAAUUUUUUAAAAGCAAAAAUGAAAAAUUCUGCCGCGAGAAUUGAAUUGAAAGUUCAGUUAGAUAGUGUGUCAUAUCUAUAUUUCGAUUCUCGCAGUGCAGAAAAAUUUUCUUUAUUUUUUCUAUAAAAAAGAAGAAGGUCAGUCUCUCUUUACAGUAUUAAAAAAAAAAAAAAAAACGCGCGAUAUUUGAAAUACCCCAUACUUUGAAUUCGCGGAUAACGAUAGUUCUGCGAUUGGCGUGUAACAUAGAACCGUUUUGUCGCGAGAUCUGUAUAUUUUCUACGUAUAGCGGUUGUCUAUUUUCUAAUUACUUUCAUUAAAGAAAAACGCGUCACACGACGCGCAAAUGCACACUUAACAUACUUGCACGCGACAAUUCGUUAAUCUCUUAACAACGAUACGUGCCACGCUUUCGUUAAUUGACGGAAAAAAGGGGGAAUAGGGGGCAAAGGACGAGAUUGUACAUAAGGGCGAAGAUAUAGAUACAUAGAGAGCGUGUAAUCGGCAGAUACUCUAGCAUAUGCGAUUUUUCAAUGUCCUUUUAAAAGUGUAAGCAUACCCUUAGUGAAUGAUAUUAGGCAUUGAUUUGUGUGCUUAUGUUGACCACGAUUUUGGAUAAC